GUGUCCGCCCACACGCGAAUUAAAGAGACUCGUCCCGUUAGUUCCACCCCGUCCCGUUAGCUUCCUCUCGCCCAAAAGGGCAUCAUCCCCUAAUUCUGGCUUCGUGUCCUCUCUCUCCAAUUUCAGACCUGAAACCUCCACCUUCCAUAACCCGCCGGAGAUUGCCCCCUUCGAGUUCCGCCGGUCGACGCCGAUGACCAUUCCAGCAGGGGAUCUAAAAUCCGUCGGAGUGGGAGCCCCUUCGAAUUCCACUAGUUGACAUCGACAGUCGUUCCGACAAAUUCAUUUACUGGAGCCAAAACACAACUGUAGCAGCUGGUUUUGUGCCGUUAGACUUCACAGCAGUGUUCAGUCUUCCAAAAUAGAAGAGAGUCAGUGAAGAAGAAUGAGGUGGAGCUCCUAUUUUGGUGUCAAAAAACAAAGGGGAAGGAAGAGACCCUGUUUUAUGUAAAAAAAACAGGAAAGAAGAAGAGGAAUAAUAGGGUGGAUGUCAAAAUCAGAGGCAAUUGAAGAAGAAGAAGAAGAAGAAGCUCCCCCAAUCCUGCCAGACAUUACAAAAGCAGUAGCAAGAUGAAAAGCAUAGAAAAGUGGAUCUCAUAAUAAAAUUGCAAAAAGGAGCAGUUGCUGUUUAUUUGCACCUUGAGACAUUUAGGUUUCUGUAUAUUAGUAAAUGAAAUAUUGAGCAAGUCAGGAAGCCAUCAUGAUUUAGUAGAGAAGAUGGAGUCCAACAAGAAGGUCGAGGAGGUAGGAAUAGGGUACAGCCACAGCAGCAUAAAGAAGGCAAGGUUACAGUCAACGCUUUCAGCUCUGCUAGACGAUCCCAUACUUGCUGACAUCCCGAAGAAACCCACUCUCACUGAUGUGGACACGCUUAUCAGUUUGGAAUUGGGUAGCGCUAUGAGAAUCUCUGUCCUUAAAAUGGACGGUACCACCUUUGAUGUUGCCGUUAUGAAUUCUGCUACUGUUAAGGAUCUGAAGUCAGCUAUCAAAAGAAAAACAAAUGACAUGGAGCAAUCGCAUAUGGGACAUCGCCACAUUUCAUGGAGGCAUGUGUGGGCAAAUUUUUGUCUCUCCUACCAUAAUGAGAAGCUCAUUGAUGAUAACGCCCUGCUUCAGGUUUAUGGUAUCCGUAAUAACUCUCAGGUCCACUAUGUUCCCUUUGUUAUGUCACGGGUGUCUAGGAGACACUCCCGGAGGAGAAAGCACCGGUUCUUUCAUGGUCUUAGCAAAAGAUCAUGAUUAAUCAAGCCAUAUUUGCUGUCAAAAGCUGGGUAUUGAGCGUUGAUCAACAUGCUACAGAUGUGCCAGAAGAAACUUACUAGUGGAUGUGUGAUUCUUUUGUAAGAAGUUGACUGAAUUUGGAAAUUUCAUGGGAGUCGAGUUGUUGUGCACUUUUGAAUUUUUUCUUUUUUUGAUAGAUCGGAACUCGGAAGUAAGGGUAUCAA